CUAUCUCUCUCUUCCUCUUGUUAUUCUUCUCGCCCAGCAAUCCUUUCUCUUUUGUUUCCUCUCAGCUUUUAUCUUCAUCAGAGCUUUAGAGCUUACUUCGGCCACGACGUCACCGCGCAAGAGGGUUGUGUUUGGGUGACAUUGAUGCACCCCAGCCAAGAGGCCUUCGAGGGAAUCCCAAAUCUGCAUAACACUGAAAAUCAUGCCUCCUAAGACUCGAGGUGGUGCUAGCGAGACGCAUGGUGGGGGUGGCUGUGGUCGUGGCCGUGGCCGUGGGAGAGGAGAGGCUACUUCUGCCUUGCUUGUACUUACUUGGGGUGCCCAUGGCAAGCGACCACGCAGGGAUGGUGACGAACUACACCAAGAGGAUGGGAAUUCAGUUGUCCAUGAAGACAUAGGAGCAGCAGGUGGAUCCUCUAGCUUGCUACAAUCCAUAGAGGAUAGAAUUCAGUUGGGAGUUCACGCAGCGUUAAGCGAAAUAUUAAGGAAUUGGGAAAGGCCUAGGGAUAGAUCAGGAUUGCAGGGCGGAGGUCAGGCCAUACCAGACGAGCGAGAUCAGGGUGUGGAUGUCCCUUUGUCAGAGUUCAUGCGAUUCGACAUGCCCUGGCAGAUUAGUAGCAAUGUAGAGCCGGAACAGUUCCUAAGUAGGUGUGAGAAGAUUGGCGAGGCUCUAGGUUGUAGCCGACAGAGGAUGGUAGAGUGUGCCGCCUUUCGAUUGGAAGGCCCAGCGUAUUCAUGGUAUACGCAUGUGAAGGCAACUAGACCACCAGGUGCACCACCACUAAGGUGGGAGGAGUUUAGCUGCAAGUUCAGGGAGCGGUUCAUCCCUGAGGUUGUGAGGAGGGCCAAGGCUCAAGAGUUUGAAGAGUUGAAACAAACAGCUGACAUGACAGUGGAGCAGUACAGUCACAGGUUCACUUACCUAGCAGAGUUUGCUCCUAGGUUGGUGGCCACCGAGCAAGAUAGGGUGGAGCGUUUUGUGAAUGGGUUGGUGGAGCCCCUUUAUAAGGUGGUGGUUCUUUCUCACCUCCCCACAUAUGCCAGCGCAGUCAGCGGGGCCAUGAUGAUAGAGAAGAGGGCUAUGGAAAAGCGAGCCCAAAGAGAACAGCGCAAGAAGGCAAGGAGCGAUGCCAUGGGUCAUGGAGGUGGCAAUCAGCAGUCACUAAGGAGGAGAGUACCCCAGCAGCAACAGAGAUGUGGAGCGCCUAGCGGGCAGGGGCAGCAACCACUCCAUGACAGAGGUGAUGGGCAGCUAGGGGGAUUCAGAGGGGGUGGCCAGGGUGGCAUGGGAACACCAUCGUGCCCUAUAUGCAUGCAAUCUCUCCUUGGGCCGUGUCGACCGCUGUCGUCAACCUAAGAGGAAUAGCUAUGGGAAAUCCAAACAUAGAUUUCGAAACAACAUACACCGGGAUAUUCGACUUCUUCUGGUCACAUGCUCUCAUAUCCGAUGAAAUUCAUGAGAGAAUUGUUUCAAAUAGCAAUUUCUCUUCCCAAGGAUCUGUGUCCGAUACAUGCAAUGACUAUGUCUCUGAAGCAUUUGAGGCUAAGGCCAACGUUUUCUUCUUUGACAUCUAUAUUCCUUUGUGCUCACCAUUGGCUUCAAACUCUCCCCUACUAUCAUCAUUCCAUCCAUGCUCGGGUUACUAUAUCAUCUUGUACUUGAACAUUCCUGAGGUGCAAAAAUAUCUUCAUGCAAAUGUAACUGGUCUUCCAGGACCCUGGGAUAGCUGCAGCUCCUAUAUCAUUUCCCACUGGAAUGACAUGCCAUUGACAGUGCUGCCCCCCAUCCAGAAGCUCAUGAACAGUGGAAUUAGUGCUUGGAUUUACAGGUUGGUGGGUACGCUAUUGGGUACGAUAAUCUGGUGUUCGUGACGGCGAGGGGGGGCCGGACAUUUUUUUCCGAGUUAUCAACCAGCACAAGAGCACUGGCCGCCUUCUCAUCCUUCUUGGAAGGGAAGCUUCCACCCUUAGUGAGAAGAAGAAGACAGUGAAGAUCGCAAAGCAAAGGGAUUAGAAUUGCAAGGCUAUGGAUGAAUAAAUGAAGAUUAAUAAUGCAAAGGCCAAAGGGACUUUGAACUUCACACCAUAGAGAUUGUUUCAUUCAGCCAAUAUCCACCUCCUUUCAGUAACACUCCAAGAAGUCUGUUUCAGUGCACUUCCUGUUAACUUUGUGUAGAAAACUACUGUAAAUGCCAGUGGCCACAGCAAGUAGAAGUUGCACUUCAUCAAAUCAACUUUAGAAAGCUUAAGAGUAAAGUAAACCACCGUGAGGUUUACUCAAUUACAAUAUAUACAAUUACGUAAAAUUCAA